UUCAAGAUGCACGAUAAAGAAUCUGCCAAUUGAUGCGGGACACAUGAACAUAUUGCGCUGACAACCGCCAGUGUCAAUCAUUCUCGAGACGUAUCUUUUGGCUAAGCGCCGGCUAUUUGAAACGGCAUGGCGAUUCAGAAGAAGCACGGAAAAGGCCGUCUUGACAAAUGGUACAAGUUAGCGAAGGAGAAAGGUUACCGCGCCCGUGCCGCCUUCAAGUUAAUCCAGUUGAACAAGAAGUAUGGCUUCCUCGAGAAGAGUAAGGUCCUUCUGGAUCUUUGCGCUGCCCCGGGAUCAUGGUGUCAGGUAGCGGCAGAGGCCAUGCCGGCCAACAGCCUCAUCGUUGGUGUAGAUCUUUCUCCCAUCAAGCCUAUUCCUAAGGUCAUAACCUUCCAAAGCGAUAUUACCACCGAUAAGUGCCGCGCGACGAUUAGGCAACACUUGAAGACAUGGAAGGCCGAUACUGUACUUCACGAUGGUGCGCCAAACGUCGGUACCGCUUGGGUCCAGGACUCCUUCAACCAGGCAGAACUGGCCCUCCAAUCUAUGAAAUUAGCGACAGAGUUUCUAGUCGAGGGUGGCACGUUCGUCACAAAGGUCUUCCGAUCGAAAGAGUACAACAAGCUUCUCUGGGUUUUUAAUCAACUAUUCACCAAAGUUGAAUCGACGAAACCUCCAUCCUCCCGAAAUGUCUCUGCUGAAAUUUUCGUCGUGUGUCGUGGAUUCAAGGCUCCCAAACAUAUCGAUCCCCAGUUCCUUGACCCGCGGGCAGUAUUUGCUGAACUCGCUGAUUCGGCGCCCAACAACGAGGCCAAGGUCUUCAAGCCUGAGAUCAAGAAGAGGAAGAGAGGUGGUUACGAGGAAGGCGACUAUACACAAUUCAAGGAAAUCCCAGCAAGUCAAUUCAUCGAGACCGUUGAUCCUAUAGCGAUCCUUGGCAACUACAACAAACUCUCCUUUGAACAACCACGUAAUGGUGAUGUGGCGCUCGCGGCAUUGGAUAAGAUGCCAGACACAACCGAAGAAAUCAGGAUAUGUUGCGCGGAUUUGAAAGUUCUAGGUCGAAGAGAAUUCAAACUCCUGCUUAAAUGGAGAUUGAAAGCUCGCGAAGCUUUCGGGUUGCCGACUAAAAAGACCACAAAGCCUGCUGAACCUGAAGAAGUUGCAGAAGUUGAACCUAUGGAUGAGGAGCUGAAGAUUCAAGAAGAAUUACAAGCACUGAAGGACAAGGAUAGUGCCAAAAAGAAGCGUGAACGACGAAAGGAGAAUGAGAAGAAGCAAAAGGAGAUCGUGCGAAUGCAAUUACAUAUGGUUGCUCCUAUGGAUAUCGGCAUGGAACAAGACGGCCCUUCUGGUCACGACUCCAUGUUUGCUCUAAAGCCCAUUGACAAGCAUGGCGUAGCCAACAAGAUUGUAAAGGGAAAGAUGGCUAUGAUAAACGAGUCAAAAAAGGAUAAAGAUAGUGGUAUCGGCUCCUCGGGUGACACAGAUGACGAGUCGGACGAAGAGGAAGAUCGUCUUGAACGGGAACUCGAUAACAUGUAUGACCAAUACAGGGAACGGAAAGCAGAGUCAGAUGCCAAAUUCCGAGCGAAGAAAGCUAGGAAGGAACACGAUGACGGCGAGUGGGAAGGCGUAUCAGCAGAUGAACAACAGUCUAGCGACGAUGAGGUAUUAGACGAGGACGAAGACAGUAGCGAUAAUUCCGAUGAAGACGACGCUCCCUCCAAGCCACUUCUUACCGACCUAGAUAACCAACCAACGGGGUCUGGAGGUCUUUCAAAACGAGCCACAAACUUUUUCAGCCAAGACAUAUUUAAAGAUAUACCGGGAAUUCUCGAUGAACCUGAAGCCGACGAAAUGGAUGUUGAUGAGGAUGAGGUUCCUGAAGUCGAUAAACUGACAAUUUCAACGAAAAAGGAGACAAAAGCUAAAAAGGAAAAGUCUAAGAAAGCCAAGGUUGAGGUUCCUUCUGAAUCUGAAGAUGAUGAUCAAGAUGGGUUUGAGGUUGUCAAGCAAGAUCAAGAUGACGAUUGGGAAGAUCAAGAUAAACGCCGAGCAGACGGAAGACUUGACAUCGACAUCAUCACCGCCGAAGCCAUGACCCUCGCGCACCAGCUCGCAACAGGCCAAAAGACCAACUACGACGUCGUCGACGACGGCUUCAACAAGCACGCCUUCCGGGACCGCGACGGGCUGCCGGACUGGUUCAUCGACGACGAGUCGCGGCACGACAAGCCCCAGAAGCCCAUCACCAAAGCCGCGGCCGCGGCCAUCAAGGAGAAGACGCGCGCGCUGAACGCCCGGCCCAUCAAGAAGGUCCGCGAGGCCAAGGCCCGCAAGAAGUUCAAGGCCGCCCAGCGCCUCGAGAAGCUGAAGAAGAAAUCCGACCUCCUGGCCAACGAGGAGGGCCUGACCGAGAAGGAGAAGGCGGAUAGCAUAUCGAGGCUGCUGGCCAAGGCCGCGAAGAAGAAGCCGAAGCAGCCGGCUAAAUUGGUCGUGGCGAGGGGCCUGAAUAGGGGUAUCAAGGGACGCCCGAAGGGUGUCAAGGGCAGGUAUAAGAUUGUGGAUCCUAGGAUGAAGAAAGAGCUUAGGGCGCAGAAGAGGAUUGCGAAGCGCAAGUAAAAUUAGGGUUUUAGAAAAGGAAAAGGGGAAAAGGGGUUGUACAGAAAAGGCCUGUCUAUUGACUCUAGUUAUGGUAUGGACUUUGGAAUACGAUAUACCCUCGUGAUGAGCGAUGCUGCAUAACACU